CCCCAUUAUUGUACAGCUAGGAAAUUUGAUUGGGCCAAAGUUCAAAAAUAACACCCAUCAGCAUCACAAGCCAUUUGCAAAUUUUUCUGUAUGUAUGUCUGAGCUGUAAACCUUGGACUCAAAUUCAAAGAGAGAGAGCGAGAGAUAAAGUCUUCUCUUAUCAGGAAAAGGAAAGGAUUUUGGUUUGUGGGUCUGAGAAAAGUUAGUGUCUUGUUGAGAGAGAUUUUUGAGGGUGGGGAAGAGAAGAUUAUCGGGUGGGAUGGCAACAUUUGCAGGGACAACCCAGAAGUGCAAAGCAUGUGAGAAGACUGUCUACUUGGUUGAUCAGCUCACUGCUGACAACAAAGUCUACCACAAGGCAUGCUUUAGAUGCCACCACUGCAAGGGCACCCUCAAGCUUAGUAAUUAUUCCUCUUUUGAGGGUGUUUUGUAUUGCAAGCCUCACUUUGAUCAGCUAUUUAAGAUGACUGGAAGCUUGGAUAAAAGUUUUGAAGGUAUACCAAAAACUGUUAGAGACAGAUCAGAACAGGUCAACAACAGUAAAGUUUCUAGUUUAUUUGCCGGGACUCAAGACAAGUGUGUUGCUUGCAAGAAAACAGUUUACCCCAUUGAAAAGGUGGCAGUUGAUGGCACAUCAUACCAUAAGCCUUGUUUCAGGUGCAGCCAUGGAGGCUGUGUGAUCAGCCCAUCAAACUACGUAGCUCAUGAGCAUCGUCUCUACUGCAGGCAUCACCAUAGCCAACUCUUCAAGGAAAAAGGAAACUUCAGCCAGCUUAGCAAACAGGAAGAAGUUCAAGGGGUGACUGAGAACGCUGAGGCUUAGUAGUUAAAUCGAAAUGAUCAUGCUAAGUUCGAUCACUCUCACAGUGGGGUUUCUAAGCAAGAGUCCGAUGCAACUGUCAUAGCAUACAAGAAGAGCUAUUGGGGUUCCCUUUUUCUAUUUAUGUAAUAUGUUGCCGGUACAAAAAUUUGUUUUGGGCAUUGUUGCUAAGUUCUGAGUGUGAGUUUGAAUGGAUAAUAUACGAUAUUAUACAGCGAGUUAAAGCCUAGUUUUUCCAAUAAAAUAGCAACAGGCUGAAAUAUCCUAUGAUUUUCAGAUUUGAUUUUUGAUAUGGUUUCAUUUA